CCUGCGCACAUCAAGGAGGAGCCGCAGACGGUGCCCAGCGUGAGUGGCUCGCCUCCGCUAUCGCCCAUCGAUAUGGAGUGCCAGGAACGGAUCAAGUUGGAGCGCAAGCGGCUGCGGAAUCGAAUCGCGGCGUCCAAGUGCCGCCGUCGGAAGCUGGAGCGCAUCAGCCGUCUGGAGGAGAAGGUGAAAACGCUCAAGGGCGAGAACAUGGAGUUACAGGCGGUGGUCAACAAGCUCCGCGACCAGGUGUGCUCGCUGAAGCAGGAGGUGAUGGAGCACGUCAACUCAGGGUGCCAGAUCCCCUUCGUAACGCAUCAGUGACGUGACGACGAAGCACCGUAACGUGCCAGAUCACCCACGACCGCCCGCCCGCCCACAGCCAGCCAGACCGCCCGCCCGCACGCCCGCAAUGGACCCAUCCUGGCUGGCCCGCGUGUUUGUGUGGCCCUGUGCGAGGCUAGCGCCGUACCCUCCCUACAGCAACCUGUAGGAGGCCCGACGGCCACAGUUGUACACGGAGUUGUAUGUAGAUGCCCGAGACCUGGUUUCUGUGAGAGGCAGCCAGGGGGGGCGAAUCCCGGUGAGGGCGGGAAAUAUGUUGUACCGGGGCUGGGGGAGCAGAACCACUAUACCGGGGUCGUUCUAGUCAAGUGAGCGCGUGGACUCGGCCGCCAUAGUGCGCUCGCCGCCCACCCGCGCCCACCGCACGCCCGCGACGCGAGGCGACGCCCGCGCCUAAUGUGAUAGUGCCGCGUGUAUGCAAAAAAUGUGCUAAAAUACUUCCAUUUUAUUCUUACUACUGCAGUGCUUUACCAGACACGAUUUUUUUCUAUGGAACACCCAGUCAUGGCUCAGCCGUCACUUUGUUGGUUCACAGAUCUAUUGCUGUUUCUAUUUCUUUAUGCAGUUUGAUGUACAAGGUCAGUCAGUGAUACCCCUUCUAAGUCAUGUCAAGAAUUUCGUACCUUGUGUUGUAACUAAGUAUUACCGUGAUAUGAAAGUGAAAUGUACGAAUGAAUUUUUAUAUAAAUUAUGUAUAUUUUAUAUGCAAAUGAAACUAUUUCUUGAUUUAUGCAAAAUGUGCAAAGCAAAACUUUUGUAUGAAGCUUUUCUUAUUUAUAAAAAGAAAAAUCUUAUAAAA